CGCGCAUCGCCGAGGAGCCGCGUCGCGGUGCCCUACGUACGUGAACGUGAUCGAUCAAUCAAUGGCGGCUCCGCCUCUGCCGGGCGCGUACAUGCCCGACCUGCCGGCGGUGCCGGAGUGGCUGAACAAGGGCGACAACGCGUGGCAGCUGACGGCGGCGACGUUCGUGGGCAUCCAGUCCAUGCCGGGGCUGGUGGUGCUCUACGGCAGCAUCGUGAAGAAGAAGUGGGCCGUCAACUCGGCCUUCAUGGCGCUCUACGCCUACGCCUCCACGCUCAUCGUCUGGGUGCUGCUCGCCUUCCGCAUGGCGUUCGGCGACCGCCUCCUCCCGUUCUGGGGCAAGGCCGGGCCGGCGCUGACGGGGGACUUCCUCGUGGCGCGCGCGUCCUUCCCGGCCACGGCGCACUACGGCGCCGGCGGCGCGCUCGAGGUGCCCCCCACGCAGCCCUACUACCCGGAGGCCACGCUGGUGCUGUUCCAGUUCCAGCUCGCGGCCAUCACGCUGGUGCUGCUCGCCGGCGCCCUGCUGGGGCGCAUGAACAUCAAGGCGUGGAUGGCCUUCACCCCGCUCUGGCUGCUCCUCUCCUACACCGUCUGCGCCUUUAGCCUCUGGGGCGGCGGCUUCCUCUACCAUUGGGGCGUCAUCGACUACUCCGGCGGCUACGUCAUCCACGUCUCCUCCGGCGUCGCCGGCUUCACCGCUGCCUACUGGGUGGGGCCGAGGCUGAAGAGUGACAGGGAGAGAUUCGCGCCCAACAACAUCCUGCUCAUGAUCGCCGGCGGCGGGCUGCUGUGGCUGGGCUGGGCCGGGUUCAACGGCGGCGCGCCGUACGCCCCGAACAUCAUCGCGUCCAUCGCGGUGCUCAACACCAACGUCAGCGCCGCGGCGAGCCUCCUCACGUGGACCUGCCUGGACGUCGUCUUCUUCGGCAAGCCGUCCGUGAUCGGCGCCGUGCAGGGCAUGAUGACGGGCCUCGUCUGCAUCACCGCCGGCGCAGGGCUGGUGCACACGUGGGCGGCGGUGCUGAUGGGCAUCUGCGCCGGCAGCGUGCCGUGGUUCACCAUGAUGGUCCUCCACAAGCGCUCCUCCCUCCUCCAGAAGGUGGACGACACCCUCGCCGUGUUCCACACCCACGCCGUCGCCGGGCUCCUCGGCGGCGUCCUCACGGGGCUCCUCGCCACCCCGGAGCUCACCACCCUGCACACCCACGUCCCGGGCACGCGCGGCGCCUUCUACGGCGGUGGCAUCCAGCAGGUGGGCAAGCAGCUGGCCGCGGCGCUCUUCGUCGUCGCGUGGAACGUCGUGGUCACCACGGGCAUCAUCCUCGCCGUGGGCCUCGUCAUCCCGCUGCGGAUGCCCGACGAGCAGCUCAGGAUCGGCGACGACGCAGCGCACGGCGAGGAGGCCUACGCGCUCUGGGGCGACGGCGAGCGGUUCGACGUGUCACGGCGCGCGGCAGCGAGGGCCACCGAGGUCGGCGACCAGUCGGUGGACCAGCGUCUGGCAGCCAUGGGAGCUAGAGGUAUCACCGUUCAGUUGUAGUAGAAGCUGGUGCCCGUUGUUCUUUUUCCAAGGGCAGUUGUAGUAGAACUGUAGAAGCUGGUGACUAGGCAACACAGAAGGGAUAUUCGUAGUUCAAUCUUUUGCUAAUUUCAGAAGGGACAUUUGUACUUUCCUACAAUAUGCAACAGAGUUUUCGGUUUUUGUUCAGUUCUUGAACUUCUUUCUAGAUUAAAUAAAUGCAGUUAUUGUUGUCAA